AAGAAAAGCAACAAUUUUGCGGGUUCAGCAUCAAAUCUGACUUUGACAGGUUGCGGAAUUCGCCUACAAUUCUUAAAUAGCACAGUUUGGCCUCGUAAUGAUAUAUGCAAACAGCUUUGUGAAAACUUCAAAUUUCUCUUCUAAAAAAUCUAAAUUAAUUUUGCACGGGAACUGGAACUUUUUCUGAAACAGCUCUCUCGGCUGCUCAAUUUCUGCAACAGAUGACAAUUAUUUACUAUUCAGUCUGCAGUGCAAAUGAUGUGUGUCUACUGUUUGAAAAUGACUUGCAAUGCAAGAUCUUGAACCAGAUCUCGAUGUGGAUCUGGCUCACUCCUGAUUGGAUAGCAGUUCCCCUGUCUCUGGACCGUCUCAACGCAAUCAUGUACCCAGCCUGGUACAAACAAAACUGCACCACCAAGACUGCGUGGAUCGUGAUUGCACCAGUGAUUGGGCUGAUUGGCGUCAGCCUAAUUCCAAUGUCGCUUUUAACGGUCAGAAUCGACGAUGGAACAACGCUCUACUGUGCGAGUGAAAAUGGAGUUGUUGAACGCAUCAUGAGCCUGGUCGGGUUGCCAGCAAUUUUGACAAUCUCACUGGCAACAUUGGUGCUCUUGUACCUCAUUCACAAUCGAAGCAAGAACUCAAACAAUUCCGCUUCCGAAAAAGAGCUAAUCAUGGCUCUUACUGGCACUUCGGCCAUGUACGCAGUUUUCGGAUCCGUUUCAUACUGCAUCGUGUUCUACGCUUUCUGGCUACUGGAAGAGAACACUGUGAACGAUCUCCUUAUCUACCAGGCAAUCGGGCAGCUGGUCAACACUCUGGGCAUCAUUUUAAGAAGUCCCAUCCUUCUCCUCAUGCAGCCAAUGCGAAACGCUUUCAAACGCGGAUGGAAAAACGUCACUUUCCAAAAAUGAACAGCUGCUAUCAACUCAAACAUUAGCCAACGGAAUUCGAAAAGGAAUAACCGAUCAAUUUGAAAUAAGAUCGAAUGAGGCUCCAAAAAGUUUCC